AUGUUGAUGAGUAUAUUUAUUUGCGUCGGAUUCCUCUCUCACGCCAUUCUUACAUCCGUAUUACCGCGCGGCGGGGAUGAUUAUGGCGGUCAUCCCACAAUCAACCAUGAUGCAGUUAUCGCGCUCCCUCAGAUGACCUCCUCUGGGUUUGCAGGACAUCUUGAGUCUCAAUUCAACCCCCUACUGUUUGUUUCGGGAGGCUGCGAUCCUUAUCCAGCUAUCAAUGCAGGUGGAAAUCUUGGUACUGGAUUACGACCUACCGGAGGAGGCAGGAGUGGCUGCGAUGCUGGCGGCAAAGGCCAGGUUUAUAUUCGACGAGGCAUCAGCAAUGGCAAUCGAGGCAUAAUGUACAGCUACUACGUCCCUAAAGUCCGCUGGGGUAAAAAAGACGAAGAGGGCCACCGUCAUUACUGGGCGAGUGUUGUCGUCUGGAUUGGCAAAUCGAAUUGCGAUGGCGCUGCUAUGAAGGACCUGCGCGCUGUUGGUAUAUCGUUUACAACCGACCACGAGGUGUGGGGUUCUGUCAGAGUCGACCAAGCAUCAACCCCACGUAUGCAAAUACACGACAACGCCAUUUCUCCCUUCAUUGGCGGAGACAAUGAUCGACUUUUCCAGCGUAUUCCCGUGAGCUGGGAUUCGCUUGAUAAAGUAGUUCAGCGGGCAUUGUCUGAUGUUAAGUACGAGAAGACGCAGGUACCGUUUACCAACGUUGCCUUCCAGGCUUCCCUAGAUAGUGCUUAUCGAGCUUUCUUUUCGGAUGUGUCACCAGGGGACUCGGGUUGUACGGAAGGUGUCGCGCCGUCUGACGUCACGUAUUAG